AUGAACGGCACAGAGGGCCCAAACUUCUACGUGCCCAUGUCUAACAAGACAGGGGUGGUGCGGAGCCCCUUUGAGUACCCUCAGUACUACCUAGCUGCACCCUGGAAGUAUUCGCUCCUCGCUGCUUACAUGAUCUUUCUCAUCAUCACAGCCUUCCCCGUCAAUUUUCUUACGCUCUACGUCACGGUGCAGCACAAGAAGCUACGGACCCCCCUGAACUACAUCCUGUUGAAUCUGGCUGUGGCUGACCUCUUCAUGGUGGUGGGGGGCUUCACUGUGACCCUCGCCACAGCCCUACAGGGAUACUUCUUCCUGGGGAUCACCGGCUGCAAUGUUGAAGGAUUCUUCGCCACUAUGGGAGGUAAGUCAUGGUGAUGGUGGAGCCCUAGGGUGUAGGUAGAAGUUGGGAUGUAAGACAAAGUGGACGCAAGCUACAGGGUAAGAGAUUUCUGUUCACAUAAUGGUUAUGGUUAGGCUAUGGGGAAUUUGAUAUUAGAUCUGUGGUUAAGAGAAACUUUUACCUAAAGGAGUGCCCGACUUUCUCCAGGUGCAACCUUAAUCUCAAUGACGUUAUAGUAAGGUGAGACACAUUUUUUCCCAUAUCAAGAACAUGUUUUUAGAAUAAUUGAAUAGCACCCUCCAUUGUAAAGAAGACUUGAAUAAAGCCCAGCACCUUAUGAGAUGUAACAUUUGAGUCAUUUAGCAGACACUCUUAUCCAGAGCGACUAAGGUUAAGUGCUUUGCUCAAGGCACAUCGAAAGUGUGUAUCUGUGUGUUUUACAUAGUCAGCUUGGGGAUUCAAACCAGCAACCUUUCAGUUACUGGCCCAAUGCUCUUAACCACUAGGCUACCUGCCACCCUAUGAUAUGUACAUGUGCACAUCUUUGACACACCUGUGUUUUGUGACUGGGGGGGGUGGGGAGAGGUAUUUAAGAACUGCAGAUGUAUAGACCUUUUUUAUAUAUAUACAGUUGAAGACGGAAGUUUACAUACACCUUAGCCAAAUACAUUUAAACUCAGUUUUUCACAAUUCCUGACAUUUAAUCCUAGUACAAAUUCCCUGUCUUAGGUCAGUUAGGAUCACCACUUUAUUUUAAGAAUGUGAAAUGUCAGAAUAAUAGUAGAGAGAAUGAUUUAUUUCAGCUAUUAUUUGUUUCAUCACAUUCCCAGUGGGUCAGAAGUUUACAUUCACUCAAUUAGUAUUUGGUAGCAUUGCUUUUAAAUUGUUUAACUUGGGUCAAACGUUUCGGGUAGCCUUCCACAAGCUACCCACAAUAAGUUGGGUGCAUUUUGGCCCAUUCCUCCUGACAGAGCUGGUGUAACUGAGUCAGGUUUGUAGGCCUCCUUGCUCGCACACACAUUUUCAGUUCUGCCCACAAAUGUUCUAUAGGAUUGAGGUCAGGGCUUUGUGAUGGCCACUCCAAUACCUUGACUUUGUUGUCCUUAAGCAAUUUUUCCACAACUUUGGAAGUAUGCUUGGGGUUAUUGUCCAUUUGGAAGACCCAUUUGUGACCAAGCUUUAACUUCCUGACUGAUGUCUUGAAAUGUUGCUUCAAUAUAUCCACAUAAUUUUCCUUCCUCAUGAUGUCAUCUAUUUUGUGAAGUGCACCAGUCCCUCCUGCAGCAAAGCACCCCCACAGCAUGAUGCUGCCACCCCCAUGCUUCACGGUUGGGAUGGUGUUCUUCGGCUUGCAAGGCAUCCCCUUUUUCCUCCAAACAUAACGAGGGUCAUUAUGGCCAAACAGUUCUAUUUUUGUUUCAUCAGACCAGAGGACAUUUCUCCAAAAAGUACGAUCUUUGUCCCCAUGUGCAGUUGCAAACCGUAAUCUGGCUUUUUUAUGGCGGUUUUGGAGCAGUGGUUUCUUCCUUGCUGAGCGGCCUUUCAGGUUAUGUCGAUAUAGGACUCGUUUUACUGUUGAUAUAGAUUUUGUACCUGUUUCCUCCAGCAUCUUCACAAGGUCCUUUGCUGUUGUUCUGGGAUUGAUUUGCACCAAAGUACGUUCAUCUCUAGGAGACAGAAUGCGUCUCCUUCCUGAGCGGUAUGACGGCUGCGUAGUCCCAUGGUGUUUAUACUUGCGUGCUAUUGUUUGCACAGAUGAACGUGGUACCUUCAGGCAUUUGGAAAUUGUUCCCAAGGAUGAACCAGACUUGUGGAGGUCUACAAGUCUUGGCUGAUUUCUUUUGAUUUUCCCAUGAUGUCAAGAAAAGAGGCACUGAGUUUGAAGGUACAGUGCCUUGCAAAAGUAUUCAUCCUCCUUGGCGCUUUUCCUAUUUUGUUGCAUUACAACCUGGAAUUCAAAUUGAUUUUUAUUUGGAUUUCAUGUAAUGGACAUACACAAAAUAGUCCAAAUUGGUGAAGUGAAAUGAAAAAAAGUACUUGUUUCAAAAAAUUCAAAAAAAUAAAUAACGGAAAAGUGCUGCGUGCAUAUGUAUUCACCCCCUUUGCUAUGAAGCCCCUAAAUAAAAUCUGGUGAACCAAAUACCUAGAAGUCACAUAAUUAGUUAAAUAAAGUCCACCUGUGUGCAAUCUAAAUGUCACAUGAUCUCAGUAUAUAUACACCUGUUCUGAAAGGCCCCAGAGUCUGCAACACCACUAAGCAAGGGGCACCACCAAGAAAGUGGCACCAUGAAGACCAAGGAGCUCUCCAAACAGGUCAGGGACAAAGUUAUGGAGAAGUACAGAUCAGAGUUGGGUUAUAAACAAAUAUCCGAAACUUUGAACAUCCCACGGAGCACCAUUAAAUCCAUUAUUAAAAAAUGGAAAGAAUACGACACCAUAACAAACCUGCCAAGAGAGGGCCGCCCACCAAAACUCACAGACCAGGCAAGGAGGGCAUUAAUCAGAGGCAACAAAGAGACCAAACAUAACCCUGAAGGAGCUGCAAAGUUCCACAGCAGAGAUUGGAUUAUCUGUCCAUACGACCACUUUAAGCCGUACACUCCACAGAGCUGGGCUUUACGGAAGAGUGGCCAGAAAAAAGCCAUUGCUUAGAGAACAAAUAAGCAAACACGUUUGGUGUUCGCCAAAAGGCAUGUGGGAGACUCCCCAAACAUAUGGAAGAAGGUACUCUGGUCAGAUGAGACUAAAAUUGAGCUUUUUGGCCAUCAAGGAAAACGCUAUGUCUGGCGCAAACCCAACACCUCUCAUCACCCCGAGUACACCAUCCCCACAGUGAAGCAUGGUGGUGGCAGUACAUUCUGUGGGGAUUUUUUCAUCGGCAGGGACUGGGAAACUGGUCAGUAUUGAAGGAAUGAUGGAUGGUGCUAAAUACAGGGAAAUUCUUGCGGGAAACCUGUUUCCGUCAUCCAGAGAUUUGAGACUGGGGACAGAGGUUCACCUUCCAGCAGGACAAUGACCCUAAGCAUACUACAAAAGCAACACUUAAGUGGUUUAAGGUGUACCUGUGGAUGUAUUUCAAGGCCUACCUUCAAACUCAGUGCCUCUUAGCUUGACAUCAGCAAUUACAGCUGCAAAUCUCUUGGGGUAUGUCUCUAUAAGCUUGGCACAUCUAACCACUGGGAUUUUUGCCCAUUCUUCAAGGCAAAACUGCUCCAGCUCCUUCAAGUUGGAUGGGUUCCGCUGGUGUACAGCAAUCUUUAAGUCACACCACAGAUUCUCAGUUGAAUUGAGGUCUGGGCUUUGACUAGGCCAUUCCAAAUGUUUUGGAACAGUCGGAUAAAACUGGUUCUCAUGAAGACCGCCAAAGGAAUGGAAGACCCAUAGUUACCUCUGCUGCAGAGGAUUAGUUCAUUAGCGAUACCAGCCUCAAAAAUUGCAGCCCAAAUAAAUGUUUCACAGAGUUCAAGUAACAGACACAUCUCAACAUUAACUGUUCAGAGGGGAUUGUGUGAAUCAGGACUUCAUGGUCGAAUUGCUGCAAAGAAACCGCUACUAAAGGACACCAAUAAGAAGAAGAGACCUGCUUGGGCCAAGAAACACGAGCAAUGAACAUUAGACCGGUGGAAAUGUGUCCUUUGUUCUGGAGUCCAAAUUUGAGAUUUUUGGUUCCAACCGCUGUGUCUUUGUGAGACGCGGUGUGGGUGAACGGACGAUCUCCGCAUGUGUAGUUCCCACUGUAAAGCAUGGAGGAGGACGUGUUGUGAUGUGGGGGUGCUUUGCUGGUGACACUGUGAUUUAUUUAGAAUUCAAGGCACACUUAACCAGCAUGCCUACCACAGCAUUCUGCAGCGAUACGCCAUCCCAUCUGGUUUGGGCUUAGUGGGACUAUGAUUUGUUUUUCAACAAGACAAUGACCCAAAACACCUCCAGGCUGUGUAAGGGCUAUUUGGCCAAGAAGGAGAGUGAUGGAGUGCUGCAUCAGAUGACCUGGCCUCCACAAUCUCCCGACCUCAACCCAAUUGAGAUGGUUAGGGAUGAGUCGGACGGCAGAGUGAAGGAAAAGCAGCCAACAAGUGCUCAGCAUAUGUGGGAACUCCUUCAAGACUGUUGGAAAAGCAUUCCAGGUGAAGCUGGUUGAGAGAAUGCCAAGAGUGUGCAAAGCUGUCAUCAAGGCAAAGGGUGGCUAUUUGAAGAAUCUCAAAUAUAAAAUCUAUUUUGAUUUGUUUAACACUUUUUUGGUUACUACAUUCCACAAGUGUUAUUUCAUAGUUUUGAUGUCUUCACUAUUAUUCUACAAUGUAAAAAAUAUUAAAAAAUAAAUAAAAACCCUUGAAUGAGUAGGUGUGUCCAAACUUCCCUGUGUACUUUUAGAUACAGUAGGCUGUGUUCAUUGUUAAGUUUUCUGCCUGUGUCCAAUAUUCCUUAACUGUCUGAAUAGUUUCUGCACAUGAGCAUUAAUACUGUGUAUGUGUCUCUGACUUGCUGUGUGUCUCUCAGGGGAGAUCGCCCUUUGGUCUCUCGUUGUAUUGGCCAUCGAGCGUUAUAUCGUGGUGUGCAAACCGAUGACCAACUUCCGCUUCAAUGACAGGCAUGCCAUUGUGGGCGUGGCCUUCACCUGGAUCAUGUCUCUCACCUGUGCUGUACCUCCAUUGUGUGGCUGGUCCAGGUAGGUCACCCUCUAAAUACCCUCCAAAUAGCAUCUCCUACUAGUCUUACCUUAAAUGUCACCUUAAGAAAGGGGAUUGGGCUGAUGGCUGGUAGACCUCAGGGGCAAUACUUCUGUAUAUUACAUUUUAAAUCAAAAACAUGAGGUGUAUGUAUGUAGGUACAUCCCAGAGGGCAUGCAGUGUUCCUGUGGGAUUGACUACUACACCCCGAAGCCUGAACUGGGCAACACCUCCUUUGUCAUCUACAUGUUCACCCUCCACUUCUCCAUCCCUCUGGUCAUCAUUGGCUUCUGCUACGGCCGUCUGCUCUGCACCGUUCGCGCGGUACGACCACACACAAUCACUGCGUACCGGUAAACAUACGGGACUACUAUAUCUCCAGUUAGGGCUCAUAUCAAAGUACUCUGUGUGUGUGUCCGUCCAUUCAGGCGGCAGCCCUACAGCAGGAGUCGGAGACCACACAGAGGGCAGAGAAGGAAGUGACCCGUAUGGUGAUCGUCAUGGUCAUCUCGUAUCUGGUAUGCUGGUUGCCCUAUGCCACCGUGGCCUGGUACAUCUUUGCCAAUCAGGGCACCAACUUCGGCCCUGUCAUGAUGACCAUCCCAGCCUUCUUUGCCAAAAGUGCUGCCCUCUACAACCCAGUCAUCUAUAUUCUACUCAACAGACAGGUAACCCGAGUGUGUAUGUGUGUCUACAUAAAACGGACAUAGAUAAAUGUGUGUGAAAAACAUCCCCUUGACCUCUCCUCCCUUCUCUAGUUCAGGAACUGCAUGUUGACCAUGGUGUGUUGCGGGAAGAACCCAUUCGGUGAGGAGGAGACCUCCACCGCCUCCUCCAAAACACAGGCCUCCUCCAUCUCUGCCAGCCAGGUCGCCCCUGCCUGACCUACGACCUGGAAACCCUGACUCCUUACCUAGCCCAGCCCAUCUGGGGACCCACGCCAAGCAGCAGCCUCCGAUAGGCCAAUGUUCUCUCGAUUUACCUCUGUCUACACUGCAGGGGUGUGCCUGUUGUAUCUGUAUCCCUCAUUGUGACCUAAGCAUAACAAACCAAGGAACAGUGCUUAGUUGGCUUCAUCAAUCGGUUACUGGAGUUGGUAGAAGUUGCCUCAAACCACUGAUAAAGGGUCAGAUUAUUUUUACUCCCCCUUAAAGGUUAAGGUUAGGAAUAGG